AUGGCCUCCUCUUUCGACGAUCAGAACGAGGUGCAAGCUGAGGUGCAGCGCGAAGCGACUCCUGCAACAGCCCAACAAGACCACCAGCUCGACCGAAGCCCAGAACGAAAUGACCUCGACGACCCCGCUCCCUACCCCGCGUCGACCGAUGAUGUCAACGACAUGAAUGACGAUGGUCUCAACGGCCAGAAUGACGAUGAUCUCAACGUCCAGUAUGACGAUGAUCUCAACGUCCAGUAUGACGAUGAUCUCAACGUCCAGUAUGACGAUGAUCUCAACGCCCAGAAUGACGAUGAUCUCAACGUCCAGUAUGACACUGAGGCACCAGACAGGGGCCCAGACCCCGAUUUAUACGACGCUCCUUUCAUUAAUGCCGAACUCGACUGCCUGUUUUCUUCUCAAGCAAUGAUGCGCGUUCACGAGCGCUACGCGCAAGAAGCCAGCCAAGAGGCUGUAAGACUGAUCACCUACCUCCGCACCAACCUCAACCCAGACUUUAUCGGUCUUCUGGUUGGCAAGCCCGCAAUCCAGAUCAGACGAGUCAUCAUCCGACACUAUAUCAAGAAGCGGUGGGAACGUCUAGGCGUUUGGAACCCUCUCUGGGGUAUUCCUGGCCGUGUCAACCAGCGAGACAUCGACAACCCCGCCACAUGGACGUGGAAAUGGGAGCGCAGGCAUCCCGAAUCCGACCCAAAUCACCCUCUACGUCGUACGAUUCGUCUUCGCCAAGGACUUCGGCGCGCAGAGUCCGGGCCCGUUCCCCUACGCGGCGACCUCGCCAGUGAUGAUUCACCUGAGGAGGCGGAAGACUUCCUGUUGUCUCGGCCGUUUUCCGUGUGGAGACUCGAGGGGCAUGAAGAAUAUCAGCGUAUGCUUCGGGGCUAUGAUACGGAUUGGGACAUUGCCAACAUCCUCUGGGGACGUUGGGAGCAAAGGCACGACUGGAAGGAGGAGUGGUACGACAGUGAUCUUCAAGGUCAUGCUAUCCUUGGCUGGACCUGGCCCCACGAAAAUCCCUUUUCAGAGGUCCCCCGUUACGAUGAACUCAAUUCAAUAGACGACAUUGAGUUUACUCCUUCUGAGGCCGAUGCUCUGGAGGCAAUUGACGAAGAACUCAGGCUCGAGCAGACCGGGAUCGCGCAGACAGCGACACCAGCUGCAGCGACCGGGACCCAAGAUGCCCUAGCGGAUGCUGCUAUACAUGCAGUUUACGAGGAAGUCGAGCUAGAACUGUUUAGGGCGCAGCACCCAUUGGACAACGGUGUGGUUGAGUCUGGGCUGGGUCACCUACCUCCCGACAACCCCGAAACCCUCGAUAACUUGACCGAAACCGUCAUCCCUUCGUCUGAAUCCCAGACCCAAUCAUCCAACGCGGCCCAGCAAAUCGCUCCCCUGAAGAAGACUCGCCCACAGGCAAGAGCUCCCGUGCGAGCUCCGGUAGCAAAGGGUGCAAGACGGCGCGCUAAGACGGCGGCCGUUGCAUCUGGUCCUUCCGCAGCCAAGGCGAAGUCUGGCAUCGGCCAGGGUCGGAGAAGACCUCGGCGGUCUGCUCACCGGCGCAUAUUGGCGCUUGUCAAGGCUGCCAAGAAGGCAGACACGCGUGCAACAAAGCAAAGACAGACUACAGGCAAACAAGACCCAGCCGCUGACGAGGCCUUGGUCUCUGCGGCUGCUGCUGCGCGCUCAAGAGCAAGACAGCUGAGAGCUGCCACCGGACAGCGCCAAUCAGCACGGCAGAGGAAUCAGCCACCUACUGUCGGCCGCGGAGCCUCCCGUAGAUGCACGGCCAAACCAACGGGUGUAGUGAAGCGUCGCUCGGGCCGUGCCAGACGUCAUUCACAGAUGGGCUCAUGA